AUGGGGGGAGAGGAUUGGAUUGUCGGGACUGCUUGCUUGGCCCCACGGCCACAGGAAGACUUCUUGCUAUCUACCAUCUACUCUUUCCCCCCGCCUGAAUUACCGGCCAUACGCCCUCGGUUGAUUCCGUUACUUCAAGUUCCCCUUCGACGCUACUUCGCUCAUUUCCAUCUGCUCUUGAACACGAACCUCCACCGAUAUCCUUUCACCCCAAGCCCAGCACAUUGA